GGUCGCUUUCUUCCUUCAAUAUGGCGUCCAAAGUCACGAAUCAUUCGCCGUGAACUUCCCGCAACGUUUCUUCAUGAGGAUGAUCAGGUAAACCAAGAACGAUGUGUAGCUCGAACUCUAAUUCUACACCGACUACACUCCCACCUAUAGUUGCACACCUGCAAAUUCAACAAAUUCAGCCUAUUAAAAUUCACUGCACUUGCAUGAUGGCGGGUGAAAAUAGGGUAAUCUUGUAUUCACCCCCUUUCUCUAUGGCUAUGGGCACUCGUUCAUAUUCAAACUCCCAGUGACGUUUUGGUGGGUGGGGGAUGGGAUAGGGUGAGUGUUAAAAUUUGAAAUGAGUGGUUUACAUUUUGUGGUACCCAUGCACACUUUUUUAAAAAAAGAUAUCUCUUGAUGGAAGUUUAAAAAAUUGCUUAUCCUGUAUGUAAACCAAAAUGAAUACUGGGUCAUUAAAUGAGGUCUUUGUCUUAAAAACGGUAGCAAAAUGAACCUAUUUUGCCUACACUACCCAGAUAGACACCCACACAAGAAUAAAUACAGGGGCCUGUAGGUCAGCAAAAACCUCAAAGCUAGUUUGUUACAAAAUUAUCAUUAGAUUACAAGAGCACACUUGAUUACAAAACACCCUCUGGCAAAAAACAAACCUUGAAAGAAGCUAAGUACAACACUGCCAGAUACGAAAACCCAGAACCACUUUGUGGAAAAAAGGGAACGUACAUCACUGCCUGCUGAAAUCAGCUGCGGUGCCGACAACUCAGGGGCAGAGGUACACAAAAACUGCCUUAUUGGAACUGAAUUUCUUGGGUAGUUAAUUUCGCAAUUUUGACAAGAGAGUAUUUCGCAGAAUUUUAUUUUCAUGAUUUUAACAGGCAAAUGUGAAAAAAGGACAAUAAAAUUCACAAUUUAACCAUUCUCAGUUUCAUUUUAUUUUUUCAAAAGUCUGAACCUUUAAAAACUUUUCGAUAAACUGCAACAAAUAAUGUGUGAAAUCUUUUCAAACUAUUUAAGUUAUUUCAAAAGUGAAGAUACAAAAAGGAGCUUACCAGUAAAACCAGUUUGUCCAUACAUAUCCUUUAUAUGUCAAUUGUUGCUAUUACAAGUUAAUUCUUUUUUUGAAAUUUUUCUAUAUGGGUAUAAAAUUUGUCGUGCUUAAAAAUCAUCAGGAUUUAUUUUCGCGAUUUUUCUACAAUCUCCAAAGACGUGAACUUAAUUACCAGUAAGGUAGCUUCCAAAUGCCUAUAAACAAAUUAUAUAACAAAAUUGGAAAAUAGAAAAGUUAAAGGAGCUCAAAUGAACGCUGACCUAGACUGAUCCAAAUUUGCGAAUAUGUACAACUAAUUAAACAUGUCUAAAAAAACUACCCACAAUUUUUCCUAGCCAAGCCAUUCCUCUGGUCCAUGCCAGCAAAAUAGCUAUUUCUGUCUGUUCUGUUAUACUACACUGUUGUAAAUACCAUUUUUUCACUUAAACAGGGUCAGGGUUUGAAGACCUCAGCAGCACAACUAUACUCAAACUCCCCUUUAGUGCACCCACCAUUACCUGAACAUAUGUAAAGAGGCCAAAAUCUGGAAUUACGUAUUUCUGAUUGGUCCACACACAAAACAUCUAGUACAGUUCUGUUCUGAUUGGCUUAGAGGUUUUAUGUUUUCUGGAUAAUUUUUGACACUUGCAAUUAAAUGGUGUUUGAAUAAGAUUUAGUUGAUUCAUUUAGAUAACAUACUCCCCCAGGUUUAAAGGUGAUGUUACUUGGAUCUGCGACAAAGCAUUGCAAUGUUAAAACAGUGUUGCAACCACUUGAAACAAUCCAGAGGGGGACUCCGCAUAUGAGAGAGGUGGGGAUGCUCGUUGUAAAUUUUGAAUUAGACCCCUAAACCUUUUUUUGACCCCUAAAAGUGAACAUUUUAAACUUUGAUUACAUGAAUUGAGUAAAUAAAACGAAUUGAAAAAAAUUAAUAUAAUUUUUUAAUAUUUCUUUGAGUGCAACCGUAAAAGAGACCUUUAUGGUUAGAUAUAAUAGUGUUUUACCCAGAACACCCUAAGAUUUAGUUGAUUCAUUUAGAUAACAUACUCCCCCAGGUUUAAAGGUGAUGUUACUUGGAUCUGCGACAAAGCAUUGCAAUGUUAAAACAGUGUUGCAACCACUUGAAACAAUCCAGGGGGGGACUCCGCAUAUGAGAGAGGUGGGGAUGCUCGUUGUAAAUUUUGAAUUAGACCCCUAAACCUUUUUUUGACCCCUAAAAGCGAUCAUUUUAAACUUUGAUUACAUGAAUUGAGUAAAUAAAACGAAUUGAAAAAAAUUAAUAUAAUUUUUUAAUAUUUCUUUGAGUGCAGUUCCCUAAAAGAGACCUUUAUGGUUAGAUAUAAUAGUGUUUUGCCCAGAACGCCCUAAGUGAGACCAAAAUCCAAAAUUUACACCCCUAAGCGAGACGAUGAGCAUCCCCACCCCUUUCAUAUAUGGAAUCCCCCCCCCCAGGGAAACAAUGUUGUAACACUGUUUGUGCUCAAAAUUGUCUUCUUGAAUUGUCCUGUGUAACAUCACCUUAAGUUUGUAUAAUUUUCAUUUUUGUGGUUGAUAAUACGGUCAAACCACCCAUAAGUGACCACUCAAAAUGUGAAGAGUUGGUGUUCACUUAUCAGAGGUGGUUGCUUAAUGAGAGUCAAACUGCAGGAGGUCUUUUAUGAGGAGAAAUCUGCCGGAAACAUCAGAUCUAGGUUUUGGAGAGAAUGUGUUGGAAACAUUUUUAGGUAACAAUAAUAUUAUAUGUAAAUCCAUGUUGUUUCUAAAAGUUUGUCUACUAUGCUGAGUAACAUAGUAGAUGUUGGGAAUGCAAAAAACAGAACUACAUUACAUCAGGUGGUUGCUGCUCAAGAAGAGGUUGAAAAACAGUGGAAAAUCUUAAAACCCUCAUGCUAAACAAUGGUUGCUGUUGUUUAUGGGGGCAGUCGUUUACAAGCGUUUCCAACCAUAAGGCUUUGACAGGGAAAAGUGUGAUGGUUUAACAUUUAGAUAUUAAAAGUGGUCACUUAUGGCAGGUGGUCGCUUAAAUGAGACAUGGUCACACAUGGAGGUUGAACUGUAAUAUUGAAAUAAAACUCUAGAUGAUAUUACCUAUGACAGAAAUAAUCUUGUGUUAGUUUUUUAAAGAAAUGAUAACUGAAUAUAGCCAUCAUUAUUGUUUUUGAGGACAGGUCGGCCACAUGGCCUGUGGAAAAAUAUGUAUAUAUAUCAGGCAUUCUUUUUCUUCCUCUAUUCUCAAAGAAAGAGCCAUAUGAUAUCAUAGGUUAACAUAGGUAUUAAAUAUCACAUUGUCCUUCCUGCCUCGUGCCCCCCCCCCCCUCCCCGCCCAACUCCACUUUCUAAGGGAAAUUUAAUAUAUCCUCAUACUGUAUCCAUUAUCAACCAUAAAGUUUGAUAAACUAUAAACUGAAAUAGCAACAAGUGAGUAGGUACAUUGUACUUUUGGUUACAAUCAAUUUGAUUGCUUUAUUUUCAGUGCAUAGCCAUUGAGGACAUUAAUCCACAAACCCCAGUUCAUUUCCUGGUUAUACCAAAGAAAGAAAUACGAAAGAUAACUGAUGCUACAGAUGAGGAUGAACAAGUAUGUUGUUUCUUUUUAACUACCCCUUGAUUUUUGUAUGACUGCUCUGUUAAUACAUUAAGGAUAUUGCUGUUAUUGCAAGUUAAAUUUACUGGGGUCUGGACAAUUUGCGAGCCAGCGAGCCAUACAAGCUGUGGGGAAAAAUAGAGUUUUAUGAAAUUGUAAUUGUAAUUUCCUGCUUAGUUCCAAGGUUUUGCUGAUGGAAUAUUUGCAGAAUUAUGCAGUAUUGAUCGACUUUCACUGACGAGGGUUAAGUGCUCAUUUCACUGAGUAGGUUUAAAAGUCACUUUAUGGAUUAGGUUUAAGUGAUGUUUUGGUUAAAAUUUUUUUUUUACGGAUUAGGGUUAAGCACUUUUUGGCGUUAAACACUCAUUUACUACGGUUAGCUUUUGGUUACUUUUUUUCGUAUUUACUGCUUUUUCUCUUUUUUCCUAUUUUUCUUUUGCAUGGCUCGCUGGCUUGCACUGUGUCCUAACUCAAUUUAUUGGAUGAGUCAAUUAUUUAAUAUCCUCAGACAGCUGUUAUCCCAAUCAGGAAUUUGGAAUGGUGUGUGCCAUGGGAACCCUGAAUCCAUUAGCCCAUUAGUAUAGAGUCACACCUUUAAACAGUUGACACCCAUGAGAUCAGAGUAAUGACGUUUGGGUUCCCUUUAAGGGUAUUUUGGACUAUCAAACUAUUGACUAAAAACGUACCCCUACUCUGGCCCCCUUAUAGCUUCAUCGGGGGGGGGGGGGGGGGAGUUACUUCCUAGAAGUAGGCUAAUGGGUAUGUGUCACUGGAUGGGGUCGCAUUUUCAUGACUGGAUUGACUAUUGGGUUAUUCCAGAAAAAAUCCACACCCCCCCGACGGAUGGGGUCCUUUUUUAACCCCCCCUCUCACCUGGAUUUCCUGAAGCACAAGACCCCCCCCAACUGGAUUUCCAAGUUGGAAGACCCCCCCCCCGCCUGGAUUUCCGGGAAAAAUAAAAGGCUUAAAUUUAAUUUAUUUUUAAUGGAAAAUACACGCAAACACGCCUAAAUGUUUUUGUUUUAAUUUCUAAAGCUUCAGCUUAUAUUAAACUACGAAUUCUAUCGCGUGGAACUGAAAAACGAAAGGAGCAAAAAACAAAAAUGCGAAUCGACACCUGAACGAGUGUUUACAUAAUUUCUUAGCUUAUAAAAUCACUCUUGGCGGCUCUCUGGGUACGAGUAGAAAUGUGUCAGGCGUUUGACGCUCUUCGUGACAUCAACGUUGCGAAGAGUUCCUUCAGGCCCGUUCUUUAGUAUCUUUCUCGCGUUUUCUGCUAUAAAAGGACCUGUAAAGCAACUUAGAUUAUCAUUUAUGUCAGGUGAGAAAUAUAUGAACAAAACAUUUUGACUAUUUUCAGGGUCUGAAAGCGCUUAAGUGUCAUCGAACUAAAUGUUUGAUUUGUAUCAACUAUCGGUCGAAAUGACCCCUGCAGAAGACUUUUUUAAGGUCAACCCCCCCUCCCGCCUGGAUUUCCGGAGUCUUCGACCCCCCCUCCCGUGAGAAUUUCCAGAAUCCCAUCCGUCGGGGGGGUGUGGAUUUUUUCUGGAACAACCCAUUAUGAGGUUGCAUUUUUAUAAGAGUUACUAGAAUGGAGUCGCCCAUCUUCAGGCUUUUGGGGGUCAGAAAAUUCAGGUAUGUAGGGAUUUAAAAAUAGAAAGAUUUGCAACACAUUAAGUUGUAAUAAAUGUGUCAGUUCAUUUCAGGGUAACCAAGUUAAAAGGCUUUAUAAGGUAGAUGCAUAAACAGAACGUGACUAAGUUGGGAUUGCAAGAAUUACUUUUUUCCCAAAGUGACUAAGAUGGAGUUUAUAAUAUGGCCACAGAAAAAACUAUAAUGGGGUAGGGAUUCUGAGAUGCUAGUGGCACAUACCCAGCAGAAAUUAACCCAAGUAACCCCCCUCCUUUCCCCGAGGAGUUUCAUAGACAUAAUCAGGGCUGUGCUCUAGCAGAGCCCGGUGGCCCCUGGUGCCCAACUUUUGCCCCCCGCGCAACUAGAAAAUCUCAGAUUUUUCAUACAAAUCAUAUGCUGGGCACCCUAGAUUUUACAUUUUCAGAGCACUGGGCUUCCUUCAAUUUUCCUUAGAACAGAGCCUUGCAUAAUAGGCCUCCCUACAGACAGCUCUGAUACCUGCACUCUGCCCAAAGAUUUGAGACUUUGUAAGGAAAAGUGGAAUAGCAGAUCAGGCUAGAACUGGGGAAUUCUGGAUCCUGUUAACCCGUCCUCUCACCUUCAACUCCUUUUUGCACCCAGUCGCUUUGAGAGAGAAAUCCUUAUAAUGAAAAUGUAUCAGGGCUGUCAUUAAUUUUUAGAGCCGCCCAUAGCAAAUAAAGAUUCACCCUUAACAUCUCCCCAAAACUUUAUAGUGCCACCUUUAGCUUUCCACUUUGAUCACCUGUAAAAUCAAGUGAGCUCAGCAGUAACAGGUCUUACGGGCUACAGGCCUUGAUGACAGCUAUUUCUAUUUUUCAGCUUCUUGGUCACUGUAUGAUUGUUGCGAAGAAAGUAGCAGCCCAGAAGGGUAUUGACCAGGAAGGCUAUCGUGUGGUAAUCAAUAAUGGUCAACAUGGCUGUCAGUCUGUCUAUCACAUCCAUUUGCACGUUUUAGGAGGGCGGAGGCUCAAGUUCCCUCCAGGAUGA